AUGAUUGUGGGUUGCAUGAUUGGUUCCUUUUUUGCAGGACCGAUUGCGAAACGAUUGGGUCCUAAGCUUUCUUUCUUCGUCAUUGGCUGUGUGGGUGUUGUGUCCUCUGUGUUGUACCACAUCGCAACAGCCGCAGAUCAGUUCUGGGUGCUAUGCAUUGGCCGCCUACUGAUAGGCCUUGUCCUGGGCCUAGUGUGCGUUGCUUGCCCUAUGUACGUAUCGGAAAGAGCGUGUCCCAAAUACAGCAAGAUGUUGGGUGUCCUGUUUCAGUUUUUCACAACGUUCGGUAUCUUCCUGGCGGCCCUUGUAGGUAUGGCGGUGGGCCAGAGCAUCGGGUUUGAGUCUGGUAAUAACCAGCAUCUUGCUGGCCGUAUGCAGUGUAUCUGCGCGUUUUCGACGCUCUUGUCGCUGUUCAUGGUUCUCCUGGGGCUCUUCCUUGGGGGAUAUGGUCUUCACGAGAGUGAUGAGGACGUGUAUCACUCGGACGGUGGGCAGCAACAGGAGGACAACGAAAAGACAGGUGGGAAGCAGUACACCAUUUACCAGAUGUCUUUCCGGAUCUUCAUGGGCGUUAUGGUGGCCGGCACGCUACAGUUGACUGGCAUUAAUGCCGUUAUGAACUACGCGCCAACGAUUAUGUCCAGUUUCAGCCUUGCGGCAUUGGUGGGUAACUUUAUUGUUAUGCUGUGGAACUUCGUGACAACCAUUAUCUCAAUCCCGCUCGCCUCGGUGCUCACGAUGCGUCAGUUAUUCUUGGCGUGCUCCUUCCUGACCUCAGUGUGCUGCCUCCUCCUGUGUGGUAUUCCUGUGUAUCCAGGCGUUGCGUCCACAAACGUCAAAAACGGUGUGGCCAUCACCGGUAUCCUUUUAUUUAUUGCCUUUUUCGAGUUUGGCGUCGGACCGUGCUUCUACGUGCUCUCACAGGAUAUGUUCCCACCAUCAUUCCGCCCCAAGGGAGCCUCCUUCACCAUGGUGGCGCAGUUUAUCUUCAACAUCAUCAUCAACUUGUGCUAUCCCAUCUUGACAGAGAAGAUUUCGGGUGGCCCCUCUGGGGACCAGGACAAGGGCCAAGCUGUGGCGUUCAUAUUCUUUGGUUGCAUCGGCAUUGUAUGCUUUGUUGUGGAAUUCUUUUUCUUGCACCCAUGGGACGAUAGCGUAGACGAGAUUGGUGAUUAUUAA